AUGUCGUAUGAGACGUUAGGGGCUUUAUUAGCACAAUAUGUGCGGGCAAGGGCACUAGGGGGGGAUGGAACAGGAUAUAUGACAAGUUUAUGGACAGAUACAAGAGCGCUGCUCACAGAAUUUGUGGCAAGUUUGGAAGAUGACAACCUAGACAGCUAUGCAGCUAAUUGUUUGAACGCGGGUUACAAGUAUCCGGGGUAUGAACGACCAGUGUACGCGAGGACGGUGGGCGACAGACUUAUGUGCAGACUCAUGACAGGAGCAUUAUAUUUCAUGAAUGGGUGGCGCCCGCAGUCCAGCGGUUCGAAAACUAACGACCCUAAUAAUGAACCGUUGAAGGAAUAUAUAAGGUGCGCCAUAGUAAAUAUAUUUAUGUCCAUACUGCUGGCAACUCCAUGCAGAAGUAAAAUGGGCAUACAUAAUGCAUGGCACACCAUGAAACAGCUGGAAGACGGGCCAGGGGGUGGUUUAAUAACCACAAGUAAAUGUGGGCAGGGAGUGUUUGAAAACAUACAAACACAGAACUUCGACAUGGGAACAGAGAUUAAGGGAUGGUUAGAGAACAACAAAAGCUUGACUCAAAAAUUUGCAGGGCCACGCAUACAACGCAUAUGUACGAAAAAACUAGAAGAACUUGACGGGGCCACGCAGGGUAAACAUAAGAUGGAUGAAAAGAUAGAACUGAAGAAAGAGGAGACGCAAGUUAUACAGCAAUUAGGGAAAAAAAUCAAGGUAUUGGUGCGGAAGCUGAAAAAAGGAGUAAUGCAAAACGCGAGGGAACAUGCUAAAUCCCCAAUUACUCACUAUCAGGCCGAAGACUCCGACGACGACCAUGAUGAGGACGACGACGAUGAUGAGGACGAUGAUGACGAUGAGAAGGCGGACGCGAAUGCUGCACCAGAAGAUAAAAAAAAAGGACAGGGCGCCAGCGCCUCAUCGAAUGACGAAGUAAGACCACCUGCGCCGCCACCGAAGCCAAGAUCACCAUCAGGAGGAGGAGUAUCAGUACCCAAACUCGAGGAUACCGGAGGCGGCAGGUCACAGUCGGGGUCGCCACCAGGAGCAGGAUCGGCACCACAAGUACCGGCAUCCCCAGUAUUACCAGCAAGACCACCACCACCACCUCCACCACCAGACAGUGGAGUAGGAACAGAGGGACCCAAGGGAGCAGGACAACAUCCUACGCAGGUACCCACAGAAAGCAAAGGUAAGGAAACUACGUGCCCCAAGAAUGUUAAUGAGGAAACCUUAGGGACCGGAAGAGUUAGCAUUGCAUUUGUACCUGGACCUGAAUGUAAAGGUACUGGGGAACCGAAGGAUCCGAAGAGUACUUCCGCGGCGGAUCCAUCACCAGGAGCACCAUCACCACCACAAGGCAAGUCAGACUCAGAAACACGGUCACCACAGCCCGGCUCUGAGAAACCCGCCCCGGCUAAACCCGCCCCGGCCAAACCAGUAGCGGCGAAACCGGUGGCAACGAAGGAGACGACGUCAUCGGGAACGACGUCAACGACGAUGAGGGCGAAGACCGAACGGGAGGAGUGUCUGGGGAAGAAAAUAUCGGAGUGGAAGCCCAGGGCAAUCUACGUGGGGCAUCAGUAUACUGAAAAAGAUUGGGAACCCGUGAAGAAGGUGUUGGAGGAGUUUAUUGCACAUUUGAGGGACAAUACUGAUAACUUUGACGCACUUGGUGCCAACUGUGACAAUAAAUCUUGGAAUGAUAUGAACGACGUUACAUACUAUAAGGCACAGAGGGUGCCCGAUAUGAUGCGGUGUAGAAUCAUGUCGGGAGCCUUGUGGUUUGCAAACCAGCCGGGACACAAUGAGGACGUCAACAGGUUAAGAUGUGAAGUGGCCCAUGUUUUGGGGCACUUAUUGAAAACCAAGUAUUGUGAACGUAAGACUCCGUUUACAAGAGGUACAGAGUAUGCUUGGCAAACAUUCAAGAAUAUGCAAAGCCAAGGGCAAAGUGGACAUGGAGCGCUGCAAGGCCCUGUAAUGGACGGAACGUGCACAAUGUGUGGAUAUGUAGGUCAUACAAGGAACAUAACAGCAAUAAAUUGGAAGAUAGCAGAAUGGUUAUUGUAUAAUGCCGGAAUAAUGGAAGAAAUACAAAAAAUGGAGCGCGAUUGGCCCUGUGAGCAGUAUUGGGAAAAGUAUAUUCAGGAGAACGCAAAAGAAGGAGAGAGAGAUAUCAGUAAAAUUUUGACACAACCUGGAAUUCAGAAGAUGCAGGAAGUAGAGAAGGAAAUAAGGGACGAAGCAAAGAAGGCCUUUGAGGGGGCGAAGGACAAGGUGCAGCAGGAAAUUGAUAAACACACAGGUACGAAUACGCAUAGUACGGAUACGAAUAGUAAGAAUACCAAUAUGACAUGUAUGAAUACGAGUAUACAGUCGGAUACGAAUAAUCGUCCGGCACGUACCAUUAAGGGACAUAUAAGAACUAUCCAGGAAUUAAAGUUAUAUAAUGGAAGGCACACGGACAAUAUGGAUUACGAGUUACUGAAAGAAAUACUAUUGUUGUAUAUCAAGGAAAACAAAUUAGGAGCACUAAACCCAAGGUUACCGCAAAUAAAAACAUUAAUAGACAGUAUACCGGCGCACUAUGGAGAACUCAUGCAACAUAUGAGAGACAAGAGUUGGAUUGGGCCGUACGGUUCUAACUGUAGUAGCUUGUCCUUGGAGUAUUUGGACGAACAGGAGAAGGAUAAACACCGAUCCAGUAUGACGCUGACUCAGGAUGAUAGAACUGCAUGCACCUCAAUGACAGGUGCAUUACUGUUUGCUAAUGGGUGGACUAUGGCAGGAACGUGUAAGCAAAGAACUAAAGUUGGUGUAGGGGACACUGAGGCAUUUGUGAAGUGUGCUUUAGCAAAUAUAUUUAUGUACAAACUGGAGGAAUUUUUUUGUGAUGCAACGCGGGGUAUAGACUACGCAUGGUAUGUAAUGAAGAAAAUGGAGUUACCUAACAUGCAAAAUUUAAUUAUGGAUGGGAAAUGUAACAGGGACAUGCUUGGAUACGGGGGUGGAUGGAAUGCACAAGCAAAAAAAAAAAUUAAAAGUUUGCUAAAAUCCAAUGGAGACAUAGUAAAAGGGAUAGAGAGGCAAGGAAUAAGGAAAGACUGUACAGGACCAGUGCAAACUGAGCAGCCCGAUGUAAACAAGAAAGAAGGACACACGGAAAUACAGCUGAAGUCGAAGAAUACGACGGACACUAAAAAUGGUAAGCACAAAACUGUCCGAAACACGUUCUCCGUCUUCCUCAAACAAGUAGAGGAAGAAGAGUACGACGGAAGAAAAGGCACAGACGCAGGACCCGGAUCGGGGGGAGCCAUGUGGAACUAUUUAAUAUUAUUAUGGGAUAAGUUUAUUGAGAAAAGAGAUAUAGGGGUAAAGGAGAACAAUAUCAAGGACUGGGUGGAUAUUUUCUGGACAAAUGUAGAGAACAAAUGGAAGGACUUUAAGGAUUACAUGAAGGACAUGGAACAUCAGGGUCAAAUGAGAGCAAUGUGUGAUGUAGAGGCUGACCCAGACACUGAUGAACCGUUGGAUGAAAAGGACAAGGAUAUGUGUGAAUUAACACUAAUAGCAUUACAUUUUAAGCAUGGGAUUGAUAUAAACGGGACCCCUAUAAGCCGGACCUACACGGACGAAAAGGAGAGCAAGAUAGACCUCUAUAUGAGAUGUAUUCUAGUAAAUAUAUUUAUGAAGAAAAUAAUGGGCAUGAAUUGUUUACAGGGACCUGGUGGACAGUUUGCAUUUAAUUUAGCACAUGGCGUUCUUGGAGAUGUCAAAAAAAAGAAGGUAGGUAAUAUUUCCUGUGAAGAGAAGGACGCAGGGGAAGGGGGUGUGAAGGGAAUAACAGCGGAAAAUAGAACUUUCUGGGAAAUAAUGCAACGAUGGCUCGUCGCCAACAGGGUUAGACUAAAGGACGGGGAUUAUGGAGUACUGGGGGCGGAUUGUAAAUUGGAAAAAACAGGGAGUAAGGAACAGCAAGACAAGGCACGUGAAUUGAAAAAGAAAGUGCAAGAUGAAAUGGAAGAGGUUGGGCAGGAUAUGGCGAAGAAGAUAGAGAGAAUACUACCCAAAUUAAAAACAUGUAAAACUAAAGAAUGUGUGAAGACUAUAAUAGAGGAAGAGAAACAGAAGGACUCUGUUCCGAAAGCUCCAAAAGUAAAAGGACACGGACAGUCGGGAUCACCAGGGCCGUCACAGGGCACACAGGUAAUAUCAGCACCAAGCGGGCCAGAUAAAAAGGAAGGAUCGCAGCCUGCCCAGAAAGAAGCAGAAGGAGCAUCAUCACCGAAACCGGUUGAAGCAGAACGGGCAGGAAGCUUAGGGAACGUUGAUGAACCGCCGCCACCGGCACCACCACCCGUAUCGGCAUCGCCGGAACCACCAGCAGAAGCACCAGCGGCAGUAGCACCGAAAGAAGAAGAACUAGCAACAGGAGCAUCAGCAUCAGCACCUGAAAAGAAGAAGGACCAGGUGACACCGACGGAACCAUCAUCUGCAACUGCCACCCCAAGCCCAGCUCAGUCAACGCAAACACCUUCCACACAAACACCGGAUACUUCAGGAGAGAACACAGCUACCUCGACCGAGGGUACAAGUGAUAUUACAAAUGAUAAGUCCGGUAGCAAGUCCAAGGAUAUCUCACCGCCCUGGAACCUCGAUCAUGACGAUGAUUUCUGGACGUUCAUUAAUGGUGUUCCCCCCGCUAAUAUUACCCCCCGAGGUUCUGACACGGGUGCAUCCGAUCCUGCUUCUGCCUCAGUACCCACCGUCCACGGUACCAGGGCAGCAGGUAGUAAAGUAGGGGGAAAAGGUGCACGAGGUGGACCCCAAGAUAAAGCUUAUACCGGCGACAGUGGUGUCCCGCAUAAAGUUCCUGGUCUGUCCUUGGAUGACCCUGGCAUCUCUGAAGGUCGUAAUCCUGGUGGUGGCUUCGCCCAAGGCAGGCCACAAUUUAUACACUUAGAUACGACAGGUAAGGCGCCCGAUAAGAACCCCGACAAUACUGUCCUCCCCAUCUUUACUGCGACAGACAUCUUCCUUUCUACUCCUGUUCUUAUCUUCUUUGCAUGCGUCAGUUCCCUUAUCCUGCUCUUUUUCCUUGGCAAAUACUUUGCGUACCUCGCCAAACGACGACGAACAUAUCGCACCGUUCGGGACGUGCCGUCACCGCCACUCGACGAAGAAAUAUUGGAGCAUCUACAACGCGGCGAGCCGCCACCCGAUUACGGGUACACCUUGAUUAGGGAUAGGCAGCCCGGCAGAUUGCCCGCCGCCCGCCGACGACGUCACGCAUGCGUGAAUAAGCGCACCAUCAUCGAGCUACAUUUAGAAGUGCUCAACGAAUGCGAGACGGCCGCGUGGGAAAACGUCAAAGACGACUAUUUGCACAUACUCGUGCAGGAGUUUGCGCAGGAUUUGAUGCGGGACGAGGCCACGAAUAACAGUAUCUUGGGUGUUUCUACGUCAGACCAGGCUUUAUCAGGGAUCAAUGUUUCAUCCACCGUGGAUCCAUCCACUGACUUCGACGGAACGGACGCAUCUCCACGUAACGCAGAGCACCCCGAUCCAUGCAGUUGUAUGGAAAACAUACAGUUAGCAACGGACCCUUGUCGACCUAACGAAGACGACCCCGAUCCAUGGAGUUGUAUGGAAACUAUAGAGUUAGGAACGGACGCUUCUCCACCUAAUGAAGAUGACUCCGAUCCAUGGAGUUGUAUGGAAACCAUGCAGUUAGAAGAGGAACAGAGUCCUCCCCUUACAGGUCCCGGGGACGCGACUUCGGACUGCACCCAAUGGAUCCCUUGGAUGGAAAGUAACAAAAGUAUACUACGGCAAUGUAAGGAUCAAGAGUGGUUUAAUGCCCUCAAAUCGGAAUGGAAACAAUACGUGCGUGAGCACAUUGCGGAACAACAAGACAACGGUCACCGUGAACUCCGUGAAGCAGCCACCCUGCAGAUGAAGUAUCUGCGGUUGUGGAAACAAUGGGUUGCCCAACAACAUCGGCAAAUGCGUAUGUAUAACGCGGAGGAGUGGUUUAACCAUUUAUUAGAACAUAUCGAGGAGGAGAAAGUAGUAAUAUACGGUAACGCUGAAGUACCAGAAAUGGAAAAAAUAGUGCACGCCCAUGACGAGUCCCAGGUGCCGGAACAACAAAUCCAUGUAGAAACGCACGUGGCCGGUGAACAUAUAGCGUUGGCGAAGGUAAAAGACCCAGAACAACAGCACGACCACCAUCCGGAAUUGCGAUAUACUGAGGAGUUAACUGCUCACAAACUUUUGAUGCUCCUCCUCGCCACCGUUAUAGAAGAAUGCGAAAUCGAGAAUAGUAUGCAGGAUAGGGAGUUAUAUGUGGAUGACCUAUUGGACAAGUUGUGA